GCGUGGCGGUUGGCGGCCGUUGGCGGCCGUUGGCGGGGCCGGGCCGCGCCGCCAUGUUUGUGGCGCGCAGCAUCGCGGCGGAUCACCGCGACCUCAUCCACGAUGUCUCCUUCGACUUCCACGGGCGGCGCAUGGCCACCUGCUCCAGCGACCAGAGCGUCAAGGUCUGGGACAAAAGCGAAAAUGGGGAUUGGCAUUGCACUGCGAGCUGGAAGACACAUAGUGGAUCUGUGUGGCGUGUGACAUGGGCCCAUCCUGAAUUUGGGCAAGUCCUGGCUUCCUGCUCUUUUGAUAGAACAGCAGCUGUGUGGGAAGAAAUAGUGGGAGAGUCAAAUGAUAAACUCCGAGGCCAGAGUCACUGGGUAAAGAGGACCACGUUAGUAGACAGUAGGACAUCUGUUACAGAUGUGAAGUUUGCUCCCAAGCACAUGGGUCUUAUGUUAGCAACUUGUUCAGCAGAUGGAGUUGUAAGGAUUUAUGAAGCCCCUGACGUGAUGAAUCUCAGUCAAUGGUCACUGCAGCAUGAAAUCUCCUGUAAGCUAAGCUGCAGUUGCAUUUCUUGGAAUCCUUCAAGCUCUAGAGCACAUUCUCCAAUGAUAGCUGUAGGAAGUGAUGACAACAGUCCAAAUAUAUUGGCAAAGGUUCAAAUUUAUGAAUAUAAUGAAAAUACCAGGAAAUAUGCAAAAGCAGAAGCUCUGAUGACAGUCACAGAUCCUGUACAUGAUAUUGCAUUUGCUCCAAAUCUGGGAAGAUCCUUCCACAUCUUAGCUGUAGCAACCAAAGAUGUACGAAUUUUCACACUAAAACCUCUAAGGAAAGAAUUGAGUUCAUCUGGAGGAUUAACAAAAUUUGAAAUUCAUAUUGUGGCACAGUUUGAUAAUCACAAUUCCCAGGUGUGGCGAGUUAGCUGGAACAUUACAGGCACAGUGCUUGCCUCUUCUGGUGACGAUGGCUGCGUUAGGCUCUGGAAAGCUAAUUACAUGGACAACUGGAAGUGUACUGGUAUACUGAAAGGUAACGGGAGUCCAGUCAAUGGUGGUUCCCAGCAGGGAAUUUUUAACACCUCUCUAGGUUCAGCCAAUACAAGCCUACAGAAUUCACUAAAUGGAUCAUCUGCCAGCAGAAAGCAGAGCUGAUACCAAGCUAACUGGAGUAACUUUGGUGUUUUGCUGCUUGUUGCAUGCACACAGGAAUGGAAAAUGAACUCCUUUUUCCCCUCCCCAACGCCGUUUGACCUCUCCCAAGACACCAGCAGCCUGCUAACUACUAAAUGCUAUUCAAAAACCUUUUUAAAACACGUUGUGUACUUUUUUGUACUAGGCCGCAGUUUGAUACUGUUGAAACUCCUGAUAGAAAAAUACUUAGGAGAGGCUUCUUGUUUAAAACAAAACAAAACUUCCAUCAGAACAAUUUUUUGAAAAGCUUGACAAAUUAAAAGACUAGUUCAUAGUUAAAAAUGAGAAUCUUGAUUGGGAUGGGAGGAGGGAAGUGACCAUUAAAGUAACUUUCACUAAAAUUGUUUUAAUAACUGAUAUGUUUUACAUUUCAUAGUGUUUAACACUUGAUUAAAAUUCCUAAACAUCAUAAGUUUGUAACUGCUUUGUAAUAUAUGAAACUGUUUUAAAGGAAUAAGAAAAUUGUGUUUUGAAAAUUGUACAGAUGGUAGCUUUUGAUAGUUGGGUAUUGCUUCAUUUAAAACUUAGUAUGACUUCAAAUGCAUGUUUUGUAAGUACUGUCAUACUUUUUUCAUCCUAACUGAGAGAAGUACUUUUUCUGAUGUGUUUGUACAUUCCUCUGGCAAUGAUUCCAUGGAGUAACUAAAAUUGAGUGUAGUAUCUAAAAGUGCAAAUAAUUGAGCCAUACAAAAAAUUAAAUCAAAAUGCAGCUUGUUGUGGAUUGUCCCAUGCUCUGGUUAAUUGUAUAGCUGUUCUCUUGCGCAAGUCCACAGAACUGUAAACAAGACAGAAAACGUCUGUAGGUACCAACAUAGUUACGCUAAAAUGCACAAGUAUUACGGGUAAGUUCUAAUAAAAAUGACAGAAAAAUGACAUGAAAUGGUGUAAUUCUGAGUCUUGCAUUCACUGGGAAUCUUAAAUUUACUCUGAGGAUUUUGCAGAAAUACGUAGUACACACAAAGACUGUAUUUCAUUGAAAGUAAUUAUUCUCUGUAAAUGUACAUUAUUAAAUUUAAAGUAUUGUAAAAUCUAUAUGAUGUUUUUAUGUCUAUUCUGGAAGUGACGUGAAGUUAAUCUGAAUUAGAUGGAUACACAGAAAAUGUACUUGCAUAGUAUUUAAUGUAUAACUCGUGUUGCAAAUGAAGCGUUACUAAAAGCUGUUAACAAAUCACGGGAAUUCUGGGAGAGUGAAAGCAUGUUAAUAGCUGUGCUACAAAAUCCUUUAGAUUUCCAAAGCAAUCUACCAAUUUUGUAAAAUGUAUGCUAAGAUUAUUGUUAUUAUUUUCUAUGAAUUCCGGGGGAAAAGACUGUAUUUUUUUUCCUUUAAAGAACAGUUUCCAGAUUUGUCUUGUUUUGAAUUACAAGCCUUGAUUUCUGCUAUUACGUUCUAUUAGUUUUGGCAUGGAUAUACUAAAGCUUUUGUUUUUUUUCCAGCAUGUCUUUUCUCCCCUUUGGUUCUCCUUGUAUUUACUACCUUUCUCUUUUUCUUGUUUUGUUUUUUGUUUUGUUUUGUUUUUGUUCUUGUUUUGGUGUUUUGUUCCUGUCUUAAUUGUUUCAGGUAUUUCUUUCCCCCUCUGGAUUCCCCACGGGCUGGAUCGAGGUGGUCCAGUCAUGCCCAGCUCCUUCCUCCUCCUCCUCUGAUAGAGCACUCUUGCGAUGCUGACACUGCCAACCUCCAGUAUCCUCACCCUCGCAGACGAUGUGUGUCUCGGCCUCUUAAUCUAUUACCUGAGAAUGAAGGGGUUUAAUACACGUUACUUUUAAUAAACUUUAAAGGGCCUUAUUCUGAUGUUCGUAAACACGUUCAUUCUGGCUGCUUUUGUGUUUCUUCUCUCCUACAGAAGAUUCUCAAAAUUUGGGGGCUUUUAUGCAUGUUUUGCAAAACAAACUACUGUAUUUGGAACAUGUUAUUUGAGUUUGUGCAUCAAAGGAACAUUUUAGUCUGUAGCCUUUGAUGAACACAUCAACACAUACAAACAGUAUUAACCAGGACCUAUUUACAGAGUAGCUGACUUCAAAGUGCCUGCCCUUUUUUCUUUUUUCUUUCUUUUAUUUUUUGGAAUCAGUUUAUUGUAGUCUUGAAUUUUUUCUUUUCUGUAUUGCACUGACAAAUGUGAAAUGUACUCUCAAAAUUAAACGUACCUUCAAGAAGCUGUUGAAUAACUAAAGGCUGAUAUUGGAUCAACUUGUAUAAAAAAAAAAAAAUCAAAACAACAAAACCAUUCCUGUGUACACUGCAGCAAAAUACACUUUGGAGUGUUUGGUUACUUUAAGAAUUUUCCAUCUUGCUGUAUAAAUAUUUAAAUUUUAUAAUUGUGGUUGACUAAUAAACUUAUUUUAAAAGGUC